UUUGUGAUAUCUUUAAACAACAGUUUGGAUUUCUCAAAAUGCCGCAAGGUUUUCAUAAGAGGCUACAAUAAAGCUGGAGUAUGGUCUAUGAUUUCAAAAGAGAUUAAGAAGUGUACAAUCCAGGAUGGCGAUUCUCUGAUUGUACCGAAUAUUGUAAUAGAUGCUGUCGGAAUUCAAGAGAAAACACUGGACGGUGAAAUACUUGAUGGAUAUGGACAUGACAUCUUCUUAGAGGAAAACGGUAGAUGGGAGGUACCUGACGUUGACUAUUCACCUUAUAAGAACAUAAUCUCUGCAACAUGGCCAUUAUUACGUCACAAAAAUUAUACUUGGGCUGUGAUCGACUCAGAAAAUUUAGAUGUCACAAGUUAUUACCAGGAUGAUGCAAAGCUUCAAUUGAGGGAUCCAUGUUCGCACCCUGAUUCUGUUAAAUGUGGAUUUACAGAAAAAGAAUACAUUAACGCUAUAUUCAGUACUAAAGACGAACUAGAACAUGGUAAGCGAUACAUAGUGUGUAUUCAUGCACCAAGGAAAGAGGUAGAAUAUGAGAAAUGGACAGAGGUUUUAUAUGAAACAAAUAUCUGUAGUGAUGGAGUAACGGUUGAUCUAACACCACCUACACCUGGUCAUGUCUGGAUUGGCAUUGAUCAUAAAAGGCAAUACCAAUCUACAUCGUCAGACAUUUUCAUAAGUUGGGAUUCAUUUACUGAUGUAGAAGAAUAUAAAAAGACUGUCCAUAAUUCGGGAAUCAAAGAGUACCAAGUUGGAAUUGGAUCAACAAAAGGCGGAACAGAUAUAUUUCCGUUCACAUCAGUCGGACUUGUCAACCAUUACACGAUACACGAGCUACCAUUUCAAGAUGGGCUACAUUCACAAAGAACACUACGGCUUCAGAAUGGUCACGAGUAUUACGCUACAGUUAAAGGGCUGGACUUUGCAACAAGAAGUUCGACAGCCGAUUCACACCCUAUAAAAAUUGACAACACUCCACCAGAGAAGACUGUCCAACCAAUAACUAUAAAGGGGCGACACUUGUCGGAUCUGAGUGAAAUAAAUGCUUGCUGGAGAGAUGUAUUCAUUGACAAAGAGAGUGGAAUAGAUCAUUAUCUGUGGUCUGUUGGUUCUCAUCCUGGACAUGACGAUAUAAUCCCAUUUACAAAGACCACACUAGAUUGUGAAGUAUCAGCUGAAGAUAAAACAAUCAAUAUUGACGAAGGCCAUGCUUAUUUCAUCACAGUUAAGGCUAUAAAUAGAGCCAAUUUAAUAAGCACUGCUUCCUCUUGGGCUUACGUAUAUGACAUGUCACCCCCAGUUGCUGGACAUGUGUAUGAUGGUAGUCAAGAAACAGCUACUUCAUAUAUGAAAGAUAUAGAUUACCAAACAGAUGUGAAGACUCUGUCAGCCUACUGGGAAGGAUUUCACGAUCCACAUUCUACCAUAAAGGCAUAUUAUGUCAGCAUUGGGACCUGUCCAGAAUGUGAAGAUAUAUUAAUCAAUCAGGAUAUAGGAAUAUCUAAUAAUUUUACCCUCUGUCAUAUGCAUUUGGGAUCUGGUAUACGAUACUUCACUACUAUCACAGCAUGUAAUACUGCUGACAUGUGCACACCAGUGACGUCAGAUGGGGUUAUUAUUGACAACAGUCCGCCAACACAAGGAAUAGUGUUAGAUGGCGUAGAUGUAUAUGACAUAGAAUAUCAGUCCUUAAGAAAUUACAUAUCUGCAAAAUGGUAUGGAUUUACAGAUCCUCAGUCCGGCAUAGACAGAUUUACAUGGCGAGUCGGAACACAACCGGGAUCAGAUGAUAUUGUUAAAUCUACACAUUUACCUCGCUCAGAUAUAUUGGUGGAACCAGAUUUACUACAUAACCUACCACGAGGACAGCGUAUUUAUGUAACAAUAAAAGCAUAUAAUAAAGCAGGACUUGGUACAGAAGCUCAUUCAAACGGUUUCUUCAUAGACGACACACCACCAUUGAUGAAGGUUAAACCCUACUUGUCUACAGAAUUAGGUUCUAUCAAAGACAAUUCUAUAGUAUUCAGAAGUACAAUUAGAAUACAUUGGGAGGUAGAAGACAAAGAAUCUUUUAUACAGCGCCAGUAUCUAUCAAUUGCAUCGCACAGAGGAGGCGAAUUCAAUACAUCUUCCACAGAAUUAAAUGGCAUUGUAAGAGAGUACACAUUUUCUCAAAUUGAUUUGCAUGAUGGCGGUAAUUAUACAGUAAAACUCAUUGUUUGUAAUGGCGCUAAAAUAUGCGUUGAAGACGAAUCUAAAGGGAUUGUAAUAGACAGCUCUCCACCAACUUCAGGCAUGUUUGCAAUUAAAACUGAUCACGCAGCAAAUCUUCAUCGACAUGUUGAUGACUGGAUGAAUUGGUCAAGGUAUAAGCUUUGGUUGUCAUGGUUAGGAUUCACAGAUCUUCAUACUGGAAUAGACAAGUACUUUGUAUCCAUUGGCAGCAAGUAUAUGACAGAUGAUUUCAAUAAGAUAUCUGGUUCAGCACAGGAAUUUUUACAUAACCAAUCGGGAGUCGACAAGUAUGAUGAGGGAUAUGUUCAGACAUUUGAAGUAGAUACUAAAAACUUGGCAAAGUUUGAGCAUGUGUUUGUAAGCGUUUGGGCGGUUAACCAGGAUUAA